UUUUUUGUACUAGUACGAACAUUUCUAGUACCUGUCUUAAAUUAGAAAUGGAAUUUUACAGUAGUGUUUGUUUUCCACCGACAUCUACUUGCUAGAUCGUGAUAUCAUCAACACAUGUUGAGCAAAUUUCACAGGAAAAAAUCCGCAGCUAAUAUUGACCAUCCGUGGUAGAAAUUAAAGUUUUACAUUCGCUUACUUUAACUGGUUCUGCUCGCUUAUGCCGCACCCCCCCAAACGGGAGUUCAUCCCUCGCCGCCCGUCUAAUGUGCGGUUCGUUCGUUUCAUGGGAACCCGGGGCACGUUGUGCCGCCCACAGAUGAUGCGCGUGGAGCAGCUCUACCUGGAUUUUGAAGACAUCAUAGAGUCGCAGUACGAUAGCAUCUUUUCAGACGGGGUGCCGUGGGAUGGGAGAGGUAUCAUCCUGCAGGAUGGAGAAGUUCAAAAAAUGUUUUAUCCUUCGCUGCUAAAAAGUAAGAGUAGAGACAUGAUACAGGUUCGAAUUCAACCGGACAAUUUUUUGCUUUAUUUCUUUCCGACCAUUGAUUCAUCCAAAUCCAAAAACAAAAGAAUUGUGCCGAUCAAAAAAUGAACAGGGUUUUGUUUCUACACGGGCGACUAUGAAAAGAGUCAAUAGUUGUAUGCCGCUCUCACUUUGUACCCCCAAAGAACUUGAAGUGCAUAGAGAAAUUGACCCUAGGAAUGGAGAAGGAGCUCACCACAGUUACUGCUGGCAAGACGAAUUUAGAAUUGUAAAGUGCGGUUUGCAAGUCGCUCUCUUGCAUGGGACGAGGGAUCACGACGGUAAUGCACCUUUCACCAACGGGGGUACAAUAAAUGUGGGGUCUUCAUCUUUUUAAUUCCAUAUCUCUGGCCGGCUUCUGCGUCCGGAUCAGCGCCUAGAGGAGGCCAGCAGCGGGCCGUUAUCCCGCAGAAAAACUGAUACCCAUAUUACUCCAUAGGCGAGAUGGCAACUCUGUGAGAGAAAUCUAGAAGGUUCGCGAGUCUCGUUGACCACAUGUUUGCGUAUGCAGUUUAGUCCUAUGCCCCGUUGUAUUUAGUCCAGACGCACGACAAAUCAGCUCAUGUCAGAUUUUUUCCCAGCACGAUGAGAAAAUACAAAUACCUCCUGGGCGGGGGCAUGCAACUCUGCUCGUCAACUGACAAUUGUAGUGUGGGUACGUUUUUACACAGGACAGCGGACCAUAGUGAUUUUUUGGGCUUUCAACCGGGUAGACAACUAUCCUUCGUGAAAUCCAAACGUGUCGCCCAGCUCUUGAGACUUGGCAUGCAAAUCAUCUUAUAGCCAACGACAAUAAUUGCAAUAUGUAGGAGGUGCCUGGUGCAGCUUUUCAGUUUUCCGUUCAUCCGCUGCAUUUUACGAGCGAUGAAAGGAACAGAGAUAUGUGACGCUGUACUACUGCUCACGAUCAUUGACAGCAGGCCUCGGUUUGUUAUUCACACAGGAUAACAAUGAUAGCAUACACUACGACCCGCCGCAGUUUCUUCCGCCAGGCUGCAGGGAAAAAGAGAUCUGGGAAGAGCCGCCGGAUCAAGUAGAGGAAAAAGACGCACACUCGAUACGACGGUACUUUUCUUGAUAAAGGCAUGCUAUGGUUAUGGUUUUUCUCUCUUUGUAUUCCACUGUCGAUCUGAGAUGCGAUAGCAUAUUGUAUAUUGAGUUUUAUCUAGCCAUUGUGUACAUGAUCAACCGUGAAGUAGAAGCCAAUGACAAAUCUCCCAGGUGUCGACUCGCCCGCAGGAUAAGGGAGCAGAGAGGCAGCAAGUUCGACCAUGAGCAUAUGGGAAGAAUGCGUCAGGCCGUGGAAAAUAGAAGUCGACAUUUUUACUGGAUGAAAAUUCAAUAUCUGUUGCAUCGAUCGUAUGUUAUGCAACGUGCAAGCUCUUGUUCUACGACACGACCACGAAGCAGAGCGCUCUUUUUUGUAUGCAGGACACGCAAGCAUGAGCAUGGAAGCCAAUAGAAGACCUGACGCAACAUUUCCAUAACCCAGCGGUUGAAGGAGAUCGAACGCAGAAAACUCUUCGACCGUGCGGUCAAGUACGAGGAGUACGCAAAGACGCUUGCGAGAACCGAAAAAGAGGUGAUGGCGAACGACGACAUCAUGUGGAAGUUCGAAAUAUCCUGCGGAAAAACGGGGCCCGCACGACCCCAGAGUUGUCUGUCAUGGCAGAUUUAUUGCAUCUACUGGAACCGAUUUGACGAUGUCAUGCGCAUCCGCAUGAGAGGCAUCGCAUUUCUAGUCGACGUGUGUUGGCAUUUCUAAUGCUGUAAACAGGAUAAGCAGAUGGAUUCGUGGCGCCGGUAUAAUCCUGGCCAGCCUGCACUGCACUACAGAGAGAAGCUUGUCGUGCGUGACUGUCAAAAUUUCUGGAUUUGUGUUGCAAAAUUGACUCUAGGGUGUGGACGUUUUUACACAGGAUACGAAAAGCAGUACCCAGGCGGGACGAUUCCGGAAGCGGAACGAAAGCGGCUACUGGUCUUCUUCGGUUUGAUAUGCAAAGAGAAAAAGGGUUACAGUUACCCCUUGUGUUGCGGGCCAAGCAAGACAGAUCGCCUUGGUUUUGCGCGAAAUGCUUGCGAGUCUACUUGCUCCAUACGUGUUUUGCCUUAUCAUCUCUGCAUUGCAAGUCUUCUCUUUAUUCUUGCUGAGCUUCUUUGUGUCGCUGAAGUUCCAACAAAUGCGUAAGUAACUGUAGCACUUUUUUUUUUUUGGAUAUUUGAAAGAGCCACGGGGGCGAGCUGCUGCGACCGGAACCGGGUCCAGUAGGAUGAUGAAAAUCAGACACGCCACCGACGCGAUUCGUGGUGUGAACGUGGAUCUUGUACACGACGCUGCAAAUAUUAGACAAGGAACAACUUCUACAGAGGCAGGAGCAUCUGCAGUAGUUUUACCAGCGGCUUUUUACCCGGAACAAGAAAUUACCCAACGACCCACAACAGCACCGGUAAAAGGAUUACGGCCGCAGCAGGGUAAUAGAAGUACACCUACAAGUAAUAAAUUUGGCGCCACGAAGAUACAACAACAACAGUCGUUGCACGACUUGAACAACAGCACUAGACCUCCUCCACAAUUGCAGAGACCUCCAACCACGGGAAACAAGAAAAGCUACGUUGCCUCGACGUGCACAAGACUGCAGCCGCAAAGCAGAAGCAUUAAAAACAACUAUGCACAAGCCUCCUCAACUGCCGGCAACGGGAUGAUAAGAAACAGCGGUCUGCUGCAGGAAAACACGCAGCAAAAGAAAUUUGCCCCAGCAUCGCGUGCGCGAAAUAAGCGGUAGGUACAGCCGCACGGUAUCACUUUCAUUUACAUUAGUCAUACGACGUCACGACACUUUUACAUUACGACGCCUUUGUUUCUAUGUUUCCUUCUAUUGCGACACAGGCUCAUCUGAUACACUCGGGCUGUCCCAUUCAGGUUUUACACCUAGUCUGCUUGCUGCUCUUUUUGCUUAUGCUUGUUACACCGUGUUUGCAUCCUCUGUGCAUAUUGUACUAAGAAAAAAAUUGGAACAAACGCUUCCCCCCUGAGCUUUUUCGGUUAGAGAACUCGUUCUUGCUGAGACCUUGAGUUUUCGGUUGAAACACCUUUGUACCAGAACCAAAUGAGCUUGCCUCACGUCACCACAAGCGAAAGCCACUGCUUUUCCUUAUCGGUUUCAAACAUGUACUACACGCAAGGAAGAACAUUGACAU